AUGGCGGCGAGGCAAUUAUCUGCGGCGGGUGGUGCGAAGAAGCGGGCGGGCGGGGCUGGCAAGGAUGCGCAGUGCAAGCGGCUGAAGCAGCUAUCGCUCUUCGGAGUGCUGGCAGGCAAGAAGCGCGCCGCCGCCGAGCUGACGUCGGGCACGGCCGUCGAGCCCAGUGGUGGCCCGUCGGCCGCCACGAAAAGCACUGCGACUCCUGCAGCGACCCACCGCGCCCUCGACGGCUCUCCCGCUCCCGACGGAGGCAAGCAAACCAAUUUCGUUGCAGCAAGGGAGGCUGUGACGAGACAAGGCGAAUGCGACGUGGGCGCGGGGAAUGGGAUCGAAAAAAUGUUUCCCGCGUAUUGGACGAUCGCAGGCGCGUGCAGAGGCGCGUCCGCGGAGCGAUGGGGCGACCGCAAGCGGCGCAACAGGAGGCUGAGGCAGUUGGGGGACGCGCAGCCUCACGCGGAGGAAGUGGGCGGCAGCAGCGGCGGUGGGGAGAGCAGCAGCAGUGCGGAUGGGCAGUGUGACUCACAAGGGGGGGAGAUGGAGGAGACUUGCCGGAGACGCGAGGCCGUACGUGUUAGUGGUGCGGCGCAGCGGAGAGACGCUGACGUGGGUGAUGGCGCCACGGAUUGCGGGGGGGCGACGCAAGAGGGAGAAGAAGGGCAGAGGCAGGGCAUGCUGCAGCGGCGUGGUGUGUGCUCGCACGCUCACGAGCCCGCCAUGCCGCACGCGUCGCGCGCUGCUGCUGUGCCGUCCAGUGUAGCGCCCACGGCCGUCGCGCUCAGCGUCGGGGAGCAGGGGUGCGGGAACGCGGUGAAGGAAAGUUCUGGCGGAGGUGCGCGUGGGGGAAGCGCGCGCGGGGAAAUCGGAGACGCGCACAGAGAGGACCGCCAAUGCGCGGGAGGAGGCGAGGGCAUUGGGAGUGGUGGUGGAGGGCGGAAUGCAGAGGCGAGGGAGGCGGAGGGCGGAGCGAGAGACGGACGGUGGAGCGACGCAGCUGGCGGAGAGCGAUCUGCUGGCUGUGGCGGGGAUGCGGGCGGUGGUGCGCGUGCUGCUGUGCAGGGCGGAGACGCCGCGCGCGCACAUGGCGCGGUGGGGAGUGACCCAGCGCCAUGUGCUGUGCGCGGUGAUAUGACGGCACGCGCGCACGAGGAGGCGACGACUCGCGAGGUGGUGCAUGAAGCGACGGAUGAGAGGGCAGGACGCGCACAGGCGAGCGUGGAUGAACGAAGAGCGAAGGAGGAGCACGCGGAGGAAGACGAGGAGGAGGAGGAAGAGGGGGAUGAUGUGGAGGAGGAGGUUGAGGGAGGCGAGGAGAGCAGCGAGGCAGGUGCAGCGGAGGGGUCACUGACGGAGUACGAGAAGCGGCGGCUGGCGAACAUACGGCGCAACCAGCAGCUCAUCCUCUCCCUCGGCAUCGAACCCCUCGUCCCGCGCUGCCCGCCGCCACCCGCGCCCACGAGCUGCAGUGGCAGCGGUGGCGGACGGAACAAGAAGCGGCCGGGCAGGGCGGGUGGCGGCGUGGACGAGGUCGGGUACGCGGGGGUCCGGCGCAGCUCGCGGCUGAGGGGAAAGCCGCAGGGGGAGGGCGGAGAGGGGCGCGGAGGAGAUGGCGGGAAGCAGGCAGAGGGCGGGGAGGGAGUGGGAGAGGGGGUACAUGGGGAGAGUCAUGUGGAGGAAUGCAGUGAGGAGGAUGACGUGGCGUAUGGUGACUCGUCCGUGGUGAAGUACCUGUGCCGUGUGCUCGGGGGUGCAGGGGCGCAGGAGGGCGAGGGGCAAGAGAGGCGCGCAGGCGAAGGAGAUGGCAGUGGAGGGGAGGGGGGAACCUGCGUGCAGGGAUCAACGAGGGUGGCAGGAGAGGAUGGAGAGAAUGGGGUGAGUGGCGAGGUUGGUGGUGUGAAGGGAGCCCUCCCAUCACCACCCCAUGGAUGCAGCGCGGCGGAAGCGACACCAGCAUCGCAAUCGGUGGCGCUGGGGUUGGUGCAGGGCGCGCACAUGCAGGACGGGCGGCUGAGCAGGAUCUACAGCGUGCACGUCCUGCCCAUGGGAGUGGGAGCACAGGGGAGUGGGGGCGGGAGCAGCGGUGGCAGUGGGUGCUACCUGCUCGCAGCAGGGGGGCAUCAGGGCCGCAUUGCAGUGUUCGGUGCGACAGGCGCACGGGGUGCCCUCACUCACCCUGCUGCCUUGUGCACUGCUCUCCCUUCUCCUGUCCUCUUUCCUGCGCCCGUCCUCCAGGCGGGUGCGACGCUACUGCUGUCCAGCAGCAACGACAGCACCAUCACUCUCUGGGACAUCAACCGCCACCACUGCACCCCUUCUGCCUCCUCCACUCGUCGCCGCCGCGUGCAGGCCUCAGGCUCGCCCAAUGACACGGUGCCACGUGUGGUGUGUGAGCUGGCGGGCGUGCACGGGCAGGGCAUAUUUGGGAUGCACGAGAGGGGGCUGCUAGUGGCAGCGGCGUCCAAGGACAAGACCGUGUCUCUGUGCCGCGUGGGGCCCUCUGCCCUCUCCCUCCUCCGCCGGCUCACGCACCACGACGUGCCUGUGCGCACCGUGCACCUCCGGUACACCCUCACGCCACCCGGCCUACAUUGCGCUCUUUGCCCUGCGUUGCAUCCCCGUCCGUCUUGCAAAACACCAUGUUGCACUGCCCUCCUCCAACUUUCUUGCACCGGUUGCAUUCAAUUCUCUCCCGCUCGUCCCUCCUCCCCCAUCUCGCUCCUUCUCUCCCCUCUCGCCCCUCACUCUCUCCCUCAACGGCUCCUAUUCUUCCCUUUCCCCCCCGCUCGUGCAUGUGACAACAGUGACGGGGAUGUGUUGGUGGAUGGAGCAGCAGACGGCAGCAUAGCGGUGGUGGACACGAGGGCAGCAGCACCCGUGGCAGUGGCCCUGCACCACUGCCACUCCUCCCAGGUCAACACCGUGCACUGGCAUCCCUGCACACCCCUCGCCUCGCCCGCCACCUGCACCACUGACGUUGAUACCACCACCAGCGCCAGCCCCAGCAGUGGCAGCAAUGUGGUGCUGUCGUCCAGCUUCGACCAUGCUCUGCUCGUGCACGACAUUCGCUCGCCCGCCACGCCUCUCUUCACCCUCUCAGGCCACCACACGCGCUCCGCCUCCCUAUCAGCGCGCCCUUCCAGCCAAAUACUCCGCCCUGCAUUUGUGGAUGGAGGCAGGUUUGUCGUGGUGCCGGUGCCUCUGGGCAGCGCGCGUGGCAGCAGCAGUGGAGAGUGUCGUGUGGCGCUCUACUCCAUGGAGUCAGGCAAGCUCGUCAGCUGCGGUCGCACGCAUGUGGAUGCCACUAUCGCAUUUGCGUUGGAUGGACUGGGCGCGCCAAGUGGAAGGGGUGAUGUGUUGCGUGAUGUGUGGCUAGCAGGGAAGUCAGUUGCUCACCCCGCGCGCCCGCGGCUUGUUGCCACUGCGCUGUCGCUCGUCGUCGCUCUCUCGCUGCUGCCCCUCCGCGCAUGCCUCGCUGAUGCCACGCCCGCGGAGGCCGAUGGGCGGCGGUCGUGCGCCAUCGCCCCUGAAUGCACGUCGCCCGCCGCUCAUGGGGGCGGGAUCACGCCGCCUGAGGACAUUGAUGCGCCGACUCAGCCCCGCCCCGCGAUCUCGUCCCCCCCCUCCCCUCCCCCGCCUAUUACCUCCGCUUCCCACGGCACCGCCUUUCCUCCGUCUGCGCGCGCGUCCGCCUCCCCCUGUCCCGCCCAUCCCCUGCUCGGUCCGUCCGCCUCUCUCUACGACGUUCUGGCGCUCCCGCGCACCGCGUCAUGGGCGGACGUCCAAUCCGCGCAUGACACGUGUCUGGAAAGCUGGUGGUGCGCUUCAGCAACAGAGACGGAGCAAGUCAGUCGGCAGCGCGCCGUGCAGGUAGGGGGGCGGCACGCGCGGCGCGUGGUUCCUGCAGCACGCGGCGCGGCGCAGCUUUGGGCAGAUCCAUGCCUGCAUGCUGCGCAUUGCGCUCCCGCGUGCGUGCCUUUCUCUCCGCCCCCUGCCCCUCCAACUGUCCUUCGUUCUGCACUCACUCUUUUUCCCCCCUGCCUCGCACCACCCCGCGCUCUUGUCCUCCUGCAUUUUCCCCCCCACUACCACCCACGGAUGCAGGUGGAGCAAGCACACCGAGUUCUGUCCAGUGCCAGGCUGCGCCGCCUGUACGACCUGCUGGGAGAAGACGACAUGGUGCAUGCUGCUUAUGACGCGGCAGUCACCAGCGGUGGUGGCGGUGGUGGGCGGGCAGGAGAGACACAGGCAGAUGCUGGCAUGGGAGUGGAAAUGGGCACGGACUGGGAGUGCUGCGAGUGGCUGGCUGCUCACAGCAACCACAGUGGGAGCAGCAAUGAGCGCAGCAGGCGCAGUGGCAGCGACAGAAUGGCAGAGCAGGAACAGAGCAUGGCAUCACACUGUGCCAGUCACCUCCACCACCACUCGCUGCCUGCCGUCUGCUGCUCCUCCUCCGCUGCACACCGCCUGCCUCACUCGCUUCCCCUCGCCACCGCCUGUGCCGCUCGCAUCUUCGCCUCCCUGCUGCCGCCCUCCCCUCACACGCUUCACCUCCCCCCAUCGCCUCCGCCCUUGCCCGACACACACGCGUGGCUGCAGCAAUCAACGCCCAUCACAGCGGGCAACAUAGCAGAGGCAGUGUUCGGCAGCCCACACCCCUGGCUGCUGCUGCUGCUCUCCCUCUCCUCCCCACGCUCCCUCGCACUGCUGCCCGCAUGGUCUGCCCUUGGCGCGCAGCUCAAGGGCAUUGCGCGCCUGGGCCACGUGGACGCAGGGCACGACACACACGUUGCCCUGCGCCUCGCCCCGCGCACCUGUCUGCCCGCCCACACGCGCUUCCCUGCCGGGCUGCCUGUCGUGCUGGCCCGCCCCACGGGGUGCCGCCACGUGGACUGCCUGCUGCGCCUCCCCACGCGCUCGCCCCGUGCCUCGUGGCUGCGACGGCUCACACGGAAGGGACACGAGGAUGAGGAGGAGGACGGGGAGGAGGGAGACGAGAGAGGGGCGGAGUGGGGAGCCAAGUUGUUAUCAGGCCAUGCGUGGGGCAUGAAAGGGAAGGCGGAUGGUGGCGAUGAGGGGGCCAGGGGGGACAGGGCGGGUGCAUGGCCGGCAGACCCCAUGACUCGCCUGCGUGAGUUCCUGGUGGCAGCGGGGGAGGUGCUGGGGGAUGGGGGAGCACCAGCACACAGCGAAAGUGGUGCUGAGCGCAGUCCUGACGCGCCAUCCGCUGCAUCCCCUCCCGCCCCAUCGCCCUCCAACCCCUCACCACCAUCACACACCAUAGACCCCUCACACCCGAGCCAUAUGCACACUUCAAACUCCCUGUUCUCCCUCCUCCACCUCUCCCCAUCGUCCCCCUACCACCAUCUCAGAGCCCCCCCUCCGCCGCUGCCCUCCCUGCGUCAGCUGCGCCGCUUCGCCUUCCUCUCCCUCCUGCGAGUACCCCCCAUCCCCGUGGUGCCGCUACAGCACCUGCCCAUGCGCUUCUUCCGCACCGCCCCCGACCGCACCGUGCGCUUCGUGCUGCUGCUGCCACGCGCACACCGCCACGCAUCGCUGGAGGCGCGCUACUGGGCGGGCAGGAGCGCCGGGCGUGUGGCGUGGGUGGCAGUGCCAUGGGAAGAGAGCGACGCGGCGGCAUGGCAGCGGUGGUGGCGCGUGCAGCAGCCGCCCGCCCUGGGCAUCUACCGUGACCCAGGUGUGGUGCCGCUGGUGCUGCCUGGCCCACUCAACUCCACCGUGCUGCGCCAUGCCCUGCUCCACCACUCCUCCUUCCUCCUCCCCCGCCUCUCCGCCUCCUCUGCUGCCCGCCUUGCCUGCGACCCUUCCGCCCCAGCCCCUCCUCCGCCCUACUUUCUCUCUCCGCUUCUCGCCCCUCCACCUCACAGGCGGACGGAAAAGCGCGGAGGUGGCAUUGGGGAGGCUGGGCGUGGUGGCAGCACGUGGAGGGAUUAUGAUGCGGGGCAAGGUGAAAUGGGAGGGGAGGGAGGGGAGGAGGGAAGGAGGAGGUGGGUGAGGGCGAGGGAGAGGGAGGUGCGCAUGAGGACGAGGUACUGUGUGGUGGUGGUGGGCACUCCAUCCCCCGCUCUGCAUAAAGCUCGAGCUGCCUUUCUGGAAAUACAGCACGCCAUAGCCGCUGCCGCUGCUGCUGCCGCUGCUGAUGUUUGUGAUGAGUGUGGUGAGGAUGGUGCUGCUGCUUGUGAUGUGGAUGGUGGCGGUGAUGCUGCAAGCGAUAGCAGGGGUGCUGUGCACGUGGCGGAUGCUGGCAGUGUGUCGGGUGCUGCUUUUGGCUCAUCCUCUGCUGCCAACUGCGCUGCAGACGCCACCGAUGCAAUGACGUGUGCUUCUACGACAGCUGUUGGUGGUGGUGCAGACACAGGAGGUAGUAAACAACAUCACCAGCACCAGCAACAGCACCAGCAGCAGGAGCAGCAGCAACAGGGGCAGGAGGGCCAUGGUAUGCAGGAGAGUGUGCCAGCAGCGGUGGUGGCAGCAGCAAGAGAGGGGCGGGUGGCAAUGGCAUGGGUGGACGGCACGGUGCAGGUGCGGUGGUGUGCGUACAUGCUGGGCUGGCAGGGCGCCCUCUGGUGCCAGCGCUCCGGCCGUGCCACUGAUGACGAGGAGAGUGACGGUGAGGGGGGGAGUGAGCAGCAGGGAGGCAGCAGGCCAUCAUUGCUGGUGUCGGUGUACGGAGGCCAGGUGGAUGGCAGCAAUGCCACGGGUGUGAUGCACUGGAUGAACCACUGCGUGCACACUGGGGACUCCUCCAUACCAUCCCCCUCCGCCCACCACUGGACCGCCUCCCCCUCAUCCUCCUCUGCGGAGGGCAAUAGUCACGAUGCAUAUGGUGGCAGCACCAACCAUGCAGGCAGUAGCGCCCCUGGCAGUAGCAGUGCAAGCAGCAGCAGCAGUGGCCAGGAAAGCAGGAGUGCAAGUGGGGAUGUGGGUAAGAGCCUAUCGCUGAUAUGGGGCCCAACCCACAAGGCACCGGCACUUGUAGACGAGGACACGGCCUCCACCUUCCAGUCACUGCACCACCGCCUCCGCUCCUCGCUAUCCUCCCUGCUCUCCUCCUGCUCCACUGCACUCCACCGCUGCCUCUGCAGGUACCUCGUUCGCCCCUUGCUGCCCCUGCUGCCCGACCACUGGCUGCAUACGGCAGCAGCGGCUGCAGAAUGGACGGGAGAGGUGGUCGCUGCUGCUGCUGCGGCUGCGAUGGCGGGUGCUGCAGGCGUGGCAGAGGGAGAUGGAGGGUUCCUGCGAACGCUCGCUCUGGCUGUUGCUGCCAGGUGCGUGCUCAAGAUGGUGCUGGCUCGCAGGGGGGAAGGGGGUGAUGGUGGUGGCUAG